AUGCCAAAACGAGAUAGAAUAAGGCCGUCAUAUGUCGACGAAGAGUCAGAAGAUGAAAUAAAUUAUCAGCUAAGUAGUCGUAGUGGUAGGGAUAUAAGCUCUGGUGAAGAAGAAGAAGAAGAUGACGAGAUUUCAACCAUAUCUUUUGGAGCGUUAAAUAAAGCACAAUCAAAAUUACAAAAAGAACAGCGACAUCAAAACCAACAAGAGGAGAGUGAAGAUGAAUUUUUUGAAGAGUCAGAUUCCGAUUCAGGACCAGAAAUAACUAGUAGUUCUUCAAACAACAAUUCAAAUAAAAAAAGGUCAAAACAUGCUCCAACUAUAUCAUCAACUAAAAAACCUGUAUCAAGAAUUAGAGAUAUUCCAGGUUUACCAUCAAGAAAACAAACAUUACAUACAGAUAUAAGAUUUGAUUCAGCAUAUGGAAAAGCAGAUAUAAAUAAAACUAGAAAAAAUUAUGCAUUUUUAGAUGAUUAUAGAAAAGAAGAAAUUAAAAAAAUGGAAUCAAUUUUAAAAGAUCCUAAAUCAAAAUUAAAUGAAUAUGAAAAACAAGAAAUUUCAAAUCAAUUACAAAGUUUAAAAUCAAGAAUGGAUACUUUGAAAAAUAAAGAUUUAGAAACUUCAAUAUUAAAAGAAUAUAAAAAAAAACAAUUUGCAAAUGUCAAAAAUGGAAAAUCUUUACAACCUUAUUUUUUAAAAAGAGGUGAUAAACGUAAAAUUUUGCAAAAAGCAAAAUAUGAUAGUAUGAAACCUAAACAACGUGAAAAGGCAAUGGAAAGAAAAAGAAAGAAAAGAUUGGGUAAAGAAUUUAGACAAUUGGAAUUUAGAACUAAUAAUAAAUAG